AUGAACUCUCUCGCCCGCCCGUCCAUCCUCCGGGCCACCAGACACCUAUACCCCUCCACAACCAGCCCGUUCUCGCGGUCGUCUCUGUCCCGCCUACUUUCCACCCUGGCUAUCCUGGAACACAGAGACGGUCAGAUUGCAGGCUCUUCGCUGUCUGCUCUUGCCGCUGCGAUAAAGCUUGGUGGAUCCGUGACCGGGUUUGUUGCCGGCAAGGGUGUCAAGGGCGGUGUUGCGGCCGAGGUUGCGAAAGUACAGGGUGUAGAGAGUGUGUUGGCCGUUGAGAAUGAGGCAUAUGAUAAGGGUCUGCCAGAAAACUACGGACCGCUAUUAGUUGAGAAUAUCAAGAAGGGAGGCUUCACCCAUGUUGUUGCAAGCCACUCGGCAUUUGGAAAGAACGUCUUGCCUCGCGUUGCGGCUAUGAUGGAUGCUCAACCCGUUUCGGACGUUACUGGCAUCGAGGGCGAGGACACAUUCAUCCGUCUCAUCUUCGCCGGCAACGCCAUCCUAACCGUCCAAUCCACGGACCCCAUCAAAUUCUUCACAGUACGCGGCACAGCUUUCCAGCCCGGCCCAUCAACAGGCGGUACCGCCCAGAUAACCGACGGUGUCGACCCAUCCGCCCCCUCCGCCACAUCCUGGCUAUCAGAAGACCUAACCACCUCCGAGCGCCCUGACCUUUCCACUGCCGAGCGUGUCGUCUCCGGUGGACGAGGCCUAAAGUCAAAAGAAGAAUUCGACCGCAUCAUGACACCCCUAGCCGACGCACUCGGAGCUGCUAUCGGCGCCUCCCGCGCUGCCGUCGAUGAAAAGAUGGCCGAUAACUCGCUACAGGUCGGCCAGACGGGUAAAAAUGUUGCACCUCAACUUUACCUAUGUGCUGGUAUCUCGGGAGCGAUCCAGCAUUUGGCUGGUAUGAAAGAUAGCAAAGUGAUUGCGGCGAUUAACAAGGAUCCUGAUGCGCCUAUCUUCCAGGUUGCGGAUGUCGGACUUGUAGGAGACUUGUUUGAGAAGGUGCCUGAGUUGACGGAGAAGCUGAAGAAAUAG